AUGUCCUCCCAAGAGAAAGACACAUCCGCCUCCUCGAACGAUAGUGAUAGCGAUAACUACUUCACCGACCCACCAGAGGAUCUAGCAGAUCUCACAUCACGAUACUCCGGCGAAACAGCCAUCCAAGAUGAAACACAACAACCAUCGCCCCGAGUACGAUUCAGAUCCACGGGCGGAUUGCUUCAAAAUGCACCACGCCGACAUGCAAGCGCCGAACACGAUCGCUCCCAGCGCGAAGGACUACCGCAUCAUCCGACAACACCUUAUGCCCACGUAUCAGAAGAUAUAGCAGACACCCCGCUCAACGAGAGAGCACCACAAGCGGGUCAGGACCAGAACCAAGAUACAAGCACGAAUGAAAAGGCCGAGGGUCCAGCGUCACAGCCGAAGCCAUCAGGCCCAGCGCCCCAGACGCUUAACUUCCAAUGUACGCGCAAUCGGCUCCGAUCAACAAAAGACAAGUUCAGAGGCCGAGCUAGGGGCUGGGCCGAGCGAAUGGGACGACCACCAACCGGCGGCGACGAUUUAUAUUCGGGCGUAUACCACAGCGACUGGGCGACCGGCGGUCAACCACCAGUGUCAGAUGUGACGGACAGCAUGCACAAGUCAGAAGAGGAAAAGCGACAAAACCAAGCAGGAAGUAGUUCGGAAGCGCAUCGACUGGUACGGGACCUGACACAAGACCAUUCCGCCAAGCGACGCAAGACGCGCCCGAAACCGUAUCCGCAUGGUGGGAACGUGUUUAUCGGGGGCGAUGAUGAGUCCAGUCAAGACGAAGGACUACGAUAUCGCUCCGGUGGAGGUGGGAUCUUGUCUCAGUUGCUUAAGUUGAAUGGCGGUGGCCAGGAUGGGGGAGACAUGUCGCGCACAAACAGUCAAUCGUCCGUCUCUACUGUCGAUUCGAAACCCGGAGAAAAAGGUCCGACGCCAGGAGCACCAUCUCAACAUUCAGCCGGGACAACUACGCCCAAAAGAAAGCCAGUCAAGUGGUACAAAAGGCCGCCGAACUCAGCGCAGUCGACUCGGAGCGGGAAUAAUGUGAGUUUGAGCGGAGCGACCACGCCAGUCUCGAAUGAAGUGAUUUCCGCGGCCGAGAAGCGCCGGGGCAAACAGUCUGAUCAGAAGGUGAAAUUGGAAGAUGAGAUUCGAGUCACGGUGCACAUUGCCGAAAUCAUUUGUCGACAGCGGUAUAUCAUGCAGUUGUGUCGGGCGUUGAUGUCCUUCGGAGCUCCGACUCACCGACUCGAAGAGUAUAUGCAGAUGACGUCGAAGGUCUUGGAAGUGGACAGUCAAUUUCUGUAUCUGCCCGGAUGCAUGAUAAUGUCUUUCGAUGAUCCGUCCACGAGAACGACGGAAGUGAAGCUUGUUAGAGUGGCCCAAGGGGUUGAUCUGGCCCGACUAUCGGAUACGCACCUCAUAUACAAGAACAUCAUCCACGACGUGAUAGGCAUUGAGGAGGCCGUUCAAGAUUUGGACGAGGUGAUGGCUAAGAAGCCCCGUUUCCCCAAGUAUAUUAUUGUUCUCAUAUACGGGGUUGCUACCGCGACAGUCGGACCAUUCGCAUUCAACGCUCGACCGAUCGAUAUGCCCAUUAUCUUCAUCAAUGGUAUACUUGUUGGACUGAUGCAACAUGUGGCCGCUCCUCGAUCAGCUCUCUACUCGAAUGUUUUCGAAGUGACCUCGACAGUGGUGACCUCCUUUCUAGCAAGAGCAUUUGGAAGUAUCCCCAGGGCCAUCGUGGAUGGUAAACGGCAAUACCUCUUUUGCUUUUCUGCAAUCUCCCAAGCCUCAAUCGCACUGAUCCUUCCAGGAUUUCUGGUCCUGUGCAGUAGUCUCGAGCUACAAUCCCAUCAGAUCAUUGCAGGUUCUAUUCGAAUGGUAUACGCGAUUAUCUUCUCACUCUUCCUCGGCUACGGCAUCACGGUCGGAACAACCGUCUACGGACUCAUAGACAAGGGCGCCGUAUCAGACAUCACCUGCCCAAAGGAUGGCGCGUUCUCAAACCCCUACGUCCAACGCUUCCCAUUCGUCGCCGUCAUGACAGUCUGGCUCCUCAUAAUCAACCAAGGGAAAUGGAAACAACUUCCUCCAAUGACAGUCAUCGCGCUAUGCGGCUACACAACGAACUACUUCAGCACAAAACGCCUGGGAUCGAACUCACAAGUCGCGAACACAGUCGGGGCAUUCACAAUCGGCAUCAUGGGAAAUUUGUACAGUCGUUUAUGGCACGGACAUGCAGCGACUGCAAUUCUCCCGGGCAUAUUCAUCCUGGUACCGUCUGGACUGGCCGCGACGGGAACCUUGAUCUCUGGCGUUCAAUCUGCCAAUGAGAUUCGUCAGAAUGUUUCGUCGCACGAGGCGCCUAGUACUGCGCCCGGGGCGGGUCUUGCAUCUGCUAGCUCGGUGUUUAGCUUGGGGUUUGGCAUGAUUCAGGUUGCUAUUGGGAUUACUAUUGGUCUGUUUAUUGCAGCGUUGAUUGUUUAUCCGUAUGGGAAGAGGAGAAGUGGAUUGUUUAGUUUUUAG